AUGGGUUCUGUGGGGUCUGAUACUGAAGAAGAAGAUGAGCUUCGUACUUGUAGCAAAUUGAAGCUCCCAAAAAGAGUGUUUUUUGUCGAGGAAUGCAGUACAGUUUGCCAUGUCUCUGUUCCUCGCAGAUUAAGAUCAUCAGCCACGAAGAAGAGAAGCAGUGAAUCCAUUUCUCAACCUUUGAGAGUUUCCAAUAAGCUUAACCGUGUGGCUGAUGGGGAUCGAUUACUACACAACGAUAGUUUAAAGAAAUCCAAACUGAAAAUGAAACAGGUGGAGGUAAUUACGAAGGAUGAGGAAGAAGUAGCAGAGGCAUUAUUUGCUCUUUCUGGUUUAAUCUCAAAUAAUGCAACAACUGAUGAGAAUAACUUGGCUGGUGGAGGGUCGGGAGCAAAAUCUUCAACCUUGACCAAAGCUGAGAUUUUUGUACCUUCUGUUGAAGCCAGGAGGGAAGGUGAGCUUCAGACUGUUAAUGAUGAGGAUGGUGAUGGCAAAAUGCCUAAUAUUCAAUCCAGUGCAACAGGUUCUGCUGGUUGCGGAAUUCCAUGUCUGAAUGAUAGUGAUAUUCCUGAAGUAAAUCUCCACUUCACAGCUUUCACUUCAGAGAAUCAACAAGCAGUAUGUGAUUCCGCUUCUGGUGUGUGGAGUCAAUUGAGAAAGACACGAUCAAAGUUGACGACACUCGAGAAAAGCCUAGCCACCUACAAGAGUCAAGAGAUUGUGUUGCCACCAAUUGCUGAAGCUUGUGAUAAAACUGAGGAUCAACAGACAAAUACCAAAACCAGGAUAAAUGGUUCACCGUUGAUGCCAGACUUAUCUUCUGCAGUGUUAUGUGAAGAUAGUCAAAGGCUUAGCAUUCCCUUUCAGUCUCACAUGAGCAAGCUUCCAGCUUGGAUUGACAAUACUAGUCGCUCUUCAAAAUCGUCAUCAUUAAAAACCGAUGUCAUAGCUAAAAAGGGCGCUCCGUUUUCUACUCAUUCAAAGAAGUCAUACAAAAGAUGUACUGCUCAUGUGUAUAUCAGCCACUUCAUUAAGGCAUUUCAAGAUAGAGAUGUGAAUAAUGAUCGGUCAAUGAUACAGUCUACCACAAUAAAUGAAGUACCGAUUCAAAGGGCCAGUAGAACUGAGACUGAUCAAACCAGAGAAAGAAACUGUUUGAUUGAAGUCAUUUCUUCUGAUAUCUUUGAUGUCUCUCCUGGAAAGAAUGCAACUGAAGUUGACAAUGCUAUUCUCUUGCACAAGAAGCUUGUUAAAGAUCAGCAGCUGGCUUCUAAGCCAUAUGAUGUCUUCAAUGCACAGAACCAGAGCUUAGGUUUCUUAACCAUGCCUGCUGGAGGCGCUCGUAUGGAAACUGGUACUGGAUUUAAUAGAGCAAGAAAUUCUUUGGAAGCAUCAAUUUCAGCCCCUUUUCCUUGCCUGCAGUCCAGGAAUCAAGUUUAUGUUCCAUUUCAAGUGCCCCAGAAUCAUUACUCAUCUACCUCUUCUUCUGGCCAUUGUCCCAUGGCUCCAGGGCUGCAGGUCCAGUUACCUCCUUACUUUGGCAGUGGAUCAGAUGCACCUCCAUUUACAGAUGCUAACGCCUUGUCAGUACAGCCGCUAGAGCAGCAAAACUGUAACCGGCCUCCACCAUUGUCGGCUAAUUUCGAGCCUGGAGCUGUUGUACCAAGUAAGUUGAAUAAGCAACCUGGAAGGCCUGGCAUCCCUCUGUUCCCGCAACAUCAGCAAACUUCACUGGAAUUACUAGGCUCCAGAUAUCCUUUAAUCUUGCAACAACAUCAACAGCAGCUUAUAUCUGCCCCUUCCCUAUUGCCUUCUUCGAUAAGCAAAGGAGGACUGUAUCAUCAUCUGCCUUCUGUCUAUGAAGCUAAUGCCCUGUUGCCUUCUUCAACAACGAAAGGACCGUAUCAUCAUCUGCCUUCUGUCUUUGAAGCAAAUGCAGAUCGUGUUGUAAGACCUGAUAAUCCAUCACUGCAGAUAAUCUGCAAUCAGUAUAUUUAA